AUGGGCCUAAUGGGCCCGUUAGUCUUAGGGUUAAUUAGAGAUAAGAGUCGCUUGCUUAGGGGUCAAGUUGACUGUCCUUUUCCUCCAUCGGAUAAGAUUGCCAUAAAUUUUGUUCGAACGGGAAAAGAAGAAAUAGUACCAAUGGAAGAGAUGAAGAUGUCAUGGGUGCCUUAUGUUCCUCUUCAGGACCGGUUUGGCAGGAUUGAAAGUUUGAAAACAAAAAUCUUCACUCUCUGUUGCACCCAGCGGAGGUCUGCGCUGAACCGAAUGGAAACUGAGAGAGCCAACAAGUUCUACUACUACACGCCCUACAUACCACUAAAUCCUCCUGAAGAUGAAGGUGGCACAGUUGUCCGCGUCAUAUAUCCUCUAGAAUCCCCGAUAGUUUGUGAUUUUCACUUGGAAUUGGAUGAUUACAAGGUUUUAGCUCAUAAGCUAGUCGAAGAUGAGGGGUUGCCAGAGGAUGAGAGGGAAAAAAUUGAGGCUGAAGAAGCCAGGAAGAAAGCUAUUGAAGAUAUGGACCCUAAGCAAAGAGAGGCAUUUGAAAACAUGGAACUUUACAAAUUAUAUCCCGUGAAAACCCCGGAUACACCUGAUGUUAACAAUAUGAAGUCGAGGUACAUCAACAGAUAUUAUGGCCGCGCACAUUAUCUGAUGUAA